AUGCCAUUCCUGCACGUGCCCCGCCUCGAAAUUGUUCUGCGUGGAAAGGCGGAAGAGGACAGCUUGCACUUGCAGCUCACGGUGUGUCUAUUUGAAAGUCUUUACCGUCUCAGGUUAGCAUAUGUCGAGUCGAUGAUCUGAGAAAUAUGAAGGGCUCAGUGGAUAAGUGGAAUUGCGUGGCUGACAUCUCGGAGGGCUUAUCCGGCUCUCCAUUAUCAACGCGCUUUGUGCAGCUGUCUAUGAAAUACGUUGUAGCGAUGGAGACUGCAACUACGUUGGGGAAACCGGGCGGAAAUUGCAGACCUCUCUACACGAGCAGAAACUAGAAACUCGGAGACUAGACCCGAACUCACCUUGCGACUCACUUCUAAGAGACUGGCCACAGUUUUGGUUUCCAAGGCACAACCGUCUUAAGCGGGGGCACCUCAAAGACAGAACGUCUCACAUUUGAGGCUUGGAACUCAGAUGUCAGCGGGCAUCUAGACCUUCCUUUGGCCUAUAGAAUCCCACGUCACUGCACACGCCAUUACCAGGACAAGACGAUCACAUGGAGCUUAAACAUAUCGAGCAAGCACGGCCCUUCGAUUAAUUCGCCCAAAACGGGGGCACAGGUGCAACCGAACCCUAUUGGGUUGACGACACACGACGCAGGAGGCCUCCUACGCUCACAGAAAACGGCCAGUAGGCCAAAACAGCGAAAGAAGAGUAAAAAUUGAUCUGCCCAAGGCCAACUAACUCGACGGUUUGUUGAGAAUUCUGGUCAAUUUUUGCACAAAACGCCUUGCUAACGGAGAGCCGGCCAAGCCCUCCGAAUCGUCAGCCACUCAAUUUCACUGAUCUGGUGCGCCCUUUAUAAUUCUCAGUCUAUUAACUCGGACAGCAGGAAAGAAGUGCAGUUCUUGGUGAUUGUCAUUUUUUCCAUCAACAAAGAAAACGACGAUAUUUCUGUUCACAUGCAGUUGGUGGGCUGACUCAUGAAAUGUCGACCGAAAUUCCCAAAUGCGUUUUCGUUUAGAAAAGAUUAAUUAAGUAGGGUUGUCAAACUAGUCAACCCACGACAUAAUUCUUUGAUAUUUCAGCUACCUCAGGGUGCCGGCGUACGAACAAACUUCCUUCCGGCUGCAUACAAAAACAAUACUCUGUAAAAAAAUGACUAUCUAAGCAGCAUGCAUUGUUCUCUUUGAUUUUCGAUGCCCCUAAAAGUCCAAUCAUAUUUCUUCACAAAAAUAUUCAUUCUUUCGCCCAUUCGGUAAAAAAUUGCCUUCUCUUUCAAUGUUAUACUCCACGGAAGGACAUAAUUCGUUUUUAAAAAUGUUUCAAAUUGUGCGACAUUUUAAUACCCUGAAACGGCCGUUCAUAAAUCAUCAUGUCUCUGCAUUUACCAGUGUAGCCUGUACAGUUAGCAGUAUGGAUCAAAUCUAAUGCUAAAUUUUAUGAACCCCAUGUGGUCUCCUCUUAAUAACGUAGAGAAAUGUGUGGUUUUCCGUACGCGGAAAAUAAAUGGCUUGUAGUUUGGUAACCCUGAAUGCAAGUAUGACAGCAGAGCGGGUUCAAAACAAUUCGGGAAUCGGGAAAGUUUAUGAAAACCGAAUAAUACACUUUCUUCGAGUUCAAAAUUGGAAGAAGACGCAAAUUUCUACCGAAUGAGCGGGAGAAUGAAUAUUUGGGCUUGUUUUCCAUGAAAUAUAAUUGGACUUUGAGGGGCCUCGAAAAUCAAUUAGGAAAAUGCAGCACUACACAACGAAAACGACUGUUUUUCUACUUACAUACGUACGAUAAGAGAGGACGUUCAUCGGUCAGGUUACGGGCCAUGCUCGUCCCGUUGCGACUUGGGCCUCGCAGACAGCUUCAUAACGAUGGGACGGGCACGCAGCGUAACCUAGUCGGUGAACGCCCUUCCUACGAUAGUGAAUAUUCCCGACCAAAAAGCCCACACAAAGAUGGACUCGUGAUCCAAUAUUCAGACUCCGGGUUCGAGUCUCAGGAUAUCCAAAUCUGGAGUUGCGACAGCUAGUAAGCCAGAAAUAGUCAUCCCAGUUCGUACUCCGUCUACAGGUGCAUAUGUACACCUGUAAUAUAUUGUCAUGCGAUAGCUACUUAUUUCAUUUAGGUAGUCUGAUAUAGUUAAUAACCCAGUUUCUCGAUUACUGCAGGCCGCUUUUUGUGCUACUCAGAUGUAAUUAUGGAGUCAUAAUUCCUGGUUAUUCCUAUACCUGUGUCUUUCCGCCUGUCGGUUUUCUAAUGACAGUGACCGUGUACGGCUUGCUGUCUGCCGUAAUGUUAUAUCCCCCGUGGAACAGAAGACGGCCAGGUAACAGCCACACUGCGAUGAUCAAUACGUGUACACCAACUCCCAAUCCUUCUGUUCAUGUCGUCGUAUUCAAGGGUCUUGUCCUUACUUGAUGCUCCUGUUCCAAUGGGGGCUGGGCUCAGAGCGCCAGCAUAGGCAUACCCUGGCGCGUUCCCGGCCCUUGAAGGCCGUGCAUAAUCCGGUGGCGCGCGCUAAUUGCUGAGUAACGCGCGGGUUCGGUAGGCGGAACUGACCUUCCGGUUCGGCUGUCCCAUGUCGUGCAUAACGGCAGGAGAAGAAUGGUGCGUCCCGUUCCGGGCCACCCUGGCAUCUCCCGUUGUUGAAGAGUGGGCCUCGUACGUUCGACGACCAGAGACGAUCGCAAGUUUUUUAGGGAGACGCCUUGUUCUAGAGGACUUUCUGGCGACUUCGACGACCACCUAGAACGUCAGUCUUGUGAAUCCAAGUACUGAAGGGCCAACUUGUGGUCUGAGCUCGUUCGGUGUCCCAUUUGGUUCGCCCGUCUUCUCGUAUAACCUCUAUUCGUCUCAACAUCAAAGACCACGCUGUGUGCCCUUUUGAUUGUACCCUCUAUCCAAGGUUCUGCUCCAUAAACGUAUUUUCGUAAGUGUGCCUUCCCUCACCCCCCCCCCCUCCUGAUCAUGGUUUUCUUGGUGGCUUUUUCUGAGGCACACGUUUCAGUUACUGGAGACGCGCCUCUCGUUGUCUGCCAAAGAAUUUUUCUGCCGAGUUAGAUCUACCUUGCCCGGCUUUGGGCGUCGCUCGAUAGGCCAGUAGGAACCUAUUCAGUUGUUCCAUCUUAACGCCCGAGUUUGACAUCUCCCUCAUCGCCCUUUUGAAAGUUCCGACGGUAGAGUUAGUUUUGAGGAAGAUUACAGCAAAUGCACUAAUCGCUUAAUUAACACUCCAGCUACUUGUGUACCAACUGAUUUUAUUGUUAGGUGUCCUCCAACCUAUCUAAGCCGUUUUUUGUUUCGGAUUCACCUUUGCUCAUCUGCGUAUUCACAGGCCAACACCAAUCACCAGGCGGUGCACGCUUACUAAAAGUGAACCGAUACCCACGUCUCUCUUCUAAAGUUUUCUCUCGUGGCGCUUUGUGAUUCCAGCUGACAUAUACGUGUCAGUGGCCCUGUCGAAGCGUUGUGGUUCCUUGUCUGCACUUUGUCCUACGUUUCUGUAGUCUGUCAGUCAAUCCUCUUUUUUUUAUCUCCACUGCUACAGUUCAAUUCACUGUCAUCACAUUUGGCAAAGAACUUGUUCACGAAACGUCUUCGCAACUGUCUUCUUCUCGGUCUCUCGGGCGAUUUUGUUCAGAGCGCCGAUUCUCACCUUGUCUGCAGCUACCCAUCCGAGGGAGGUGGGUGUCAAAGCGAGUGUCUACCCUGCAGCCGUCAUGAUCAGUCGACACGGACGGUGCCCAUGACGGUUCGUUGAGUUCUGUUAAUUCGACCACCACCACCAUCACAAUCUUGUGAUUCUCCCCACCCCUGCCUCCCCUCGCUUUUCCCGACUUCUUGCAGUUUUUUACUUGAAAUCAGGGCAGGGAUUGAAUAUGUAAGCCCACUGAGAAAAUGGAGCACGGGGGCCCCUGUUAUACGGGGUAAAUGUUAAUAUGCGUUUUAUCUGUAGGGCACAUGGUGGCGGUAACUAACGGAAUCUGCGGAGGACAAUGUGAAAACUCGUAUUCCUGUCUGUUUUAUUACUCCAACGAUGUGCCGGAACAGAAGUGUGAUAUGAAAGGUUCGAAUUAAGAGCAUGUAAACGGGCGAAAAACAGGUAAUCCAAGGUUUUUGGAUACAGAAGGUUGGGCUGGAUAAGAUUUUAUGCGGCCGGAAAACUUAGCCCUAACCCUAAUCCUUACCCUACACUUAACCUUAGACCUGACCGAACCUUUGUCCGAAAUGUAGUCAUUCUCGUAGGUUUUAACCGCAACCCUAAUUACAUGCCUACGUAAAUGAAGUAAGUAAGCAUUUCGUAGCAACAAAAACUGGAGGUGACGUAUUCAGUUACCGUCGUCGAAGGGUGUGCUUAAAGUGUUGCUUUUUCUUAACUGAGGCAUUCUGCGUACUUGGUCGCACGAAUAACCGCAGUGGUCUUGCUACUGCUCAUUUGUCUACGGGUUUCAAAUCGCAUUCGGCUUAGGAACCGGCUGUAGAGUUUAUAAAAUCCCACCGCCGCGGGCAUGUAAGUAGGACGUUUUUAAGACAAAUGAUACAAGCAUGGAUUAUACAAGAUUAUCCAUACUUGCGGCCCUUAGGGCCCCGAAUUCUGUGUCUUUAAAGUGAUUCAGGAAAGCAUAUUCAUGGAUACUUUAAGGCUGGUUUUGUCGAAACAACCGCAUGCAAGCCUUUGGCACUUCCGUAAUGGGCCAGAAAACACAACAGUCUCCGACCCGAUCUUGGCUGCCAAGAGUCAUCGUGCGGCACGCGUAGACGUAUACUUUAAGCCGUCUAAACCGCCGAGUCACGUCUCCAUGCUACUUAACUCAAAUUUGCCACUGGCGCCUGAUGGGAGGAGGAAACUACGAUGUUUACUCGGCGCAUGCUUUCCAUAGUAGAGCGAACCUGACACUAUUUUGAAUUCGCUACUGCUAAAAGUCGACUCUUGACAGGUUAUCCACUUAGCAGUUGUCCUGAUCCACCUCAAAGCAGAAUUUCAGAUCGCAGCGCCUCCUUCUCAAUGGACCGUUUACGUGGGCCUUCAAUUAUAGAUCCAAAGCCCAUUCCCUUUAGUCUGAUUCGAGGUCACGUAAGAACCCGGCUAGUGUGUUGCGCGCGUGCGCUCCCCAAACGGGCCACGUGGUAGAUGCGCUGGACGGGGGCCAUAUCGGAUCCUGGCAGGCGUUAUCGGACUUGCACACCAUAACAAAUGACAACAUUUCGGGGUGCAGUGGCAGACUCGGUUGCCGGUGCACGUUGCGCACACUUGAAACCUGCAACCCCCCCCCUCACCCCAUUGUUCUUGUUGUUCAAAAACCUGGUUAUUUCUGUGUGGACCAGGAGGUGUGGAGUGAAACACUAAUGUGCGGGCUCGAUCGUGCCAUCUACCUGCGCCCUCCCCGUCUCCGGUCUUCUUGACUCUGUUUUGACACCGGGUCCAGGUGGGGGAGGAGGAAAGUGUGCGGGUGGUGCUGUGAAAGUCUGCUAUUACUGUAAAUCAUAGAUGUUUUGGCAGCCUUCCCCUUGCUGUGCGCGUUCGAAUCCCACCGAGGUGCGGAGUUUUUCCCGGUUAGGUCAAUAUGCAUCAUUACUGUAAACUAAAUUUUCGCAAAUGUGACCGUCCCUGCUAUCAUCCUGCUGUUGGGGCAUACAGUGGACAUCGUCGGAUGCGACGAUCGAGCUCUUGUGUUGCGUUCGUAUCUCUGAACCCGACCAUUACUUCCACGCUUCUUCCUAGUCGUCUCCAAUUCAACCUGUUAUUUGAACAUGGUGAACAUGAAAGCAGAAAGUUGGGCAGAUACCCUGCAAGUCAUCCCUGCCCCAUAAAUAAUCUCGCCAAUCGCAAACGACGAGGACGAUCAACACCAUCAUCAGAGGUGAAAUGUUUGUGGCUGUGACAUAUACAGCGAAGAAGACUUGAAGCACGUGUACCCCGCUCCCUCUUUCCCUUCCGGCAGAAAGCUAAGCCGUCCAACGCAUCUACUCUAAGCCGAGCCUGCAGCUUAACCGGCAUUUUGGGCAACUCCAUACUCCGGUCAGACUUACCAACGGAGCUAAGAGGGAAGCCUGUCUGCGUAGUCAUCAUACACUGUCCAACAUACAAGUGUUCCUAAAUCAAGCAAUCAUUUCCCAUGGCCAUUCGCCAGGCCCCAUAAGGCCAAGAACCCUGCGUAAUGCGUAAAGUUAAAAUUCCCGUCGGGCAAACUGUCAGCUUUUAACAAUUGCAGUAAGACGGAGUUUUCAAACUUAACGUGCUCGGAAGGAUCAAUGGCGUGUUUACUGGGAAUCUUCUGCAAUUACUAGAGAAGCAUUGCUAAAUCCGUGCUGCACGCGCAGACUGUAUGUGCGUACAUCAUCAACCUCCACUUAACGUCCCUUUUCUUCUCCUAUCUGCUAGGGUGCCUCCUUUGUCGUCUUUGAGGGCGGUGCGAGCCAUUCGAGUCUGUCCAUUGUGGAGGACGGCUGUGUGGCGCGACUUACCGCAGAACAGUUCACCCUUCUGACCUCGGCUCUGCGCGCCCGCCGUCCACUCAGCCUGAACGCACAGACGCCCAACGCACCUGCGAUUGUUACUGUUGUCUGGCUGGACGAGGAGGCUGAGGCCGACAUGCUGCCUUCACCAUUUACUACCCGAGUAAGGCAUGAGUCAGGAUUUUUGUUUUGGGCUCAUUUUGUCGACCGCCUGCCCAUUUUUACCUUCUUUACUGUACGCAGUCAAUUGCUUCAGUUACUCACACUCAGUCUUAAAGGAGGACACUUUUUUUAAAAAAUCAGAAAUUGAUCGUCGAUAAUUGCACGAACUUGGAACUUUCUGUGGCCUCGCGGGCUAUCAGACCUUCUGCUCAUAAUGCCAAUGCUUUUGGUUGCUUUCCUGCAUUCUGAUGUGACGCACUCUGGGAACGUCUUGGUUCGUUUGCCAGCUAAGCGACCAUCAAAACUCCCUUCCGAUUAUUCUCCGUAACACCAUCCCCUCCAUACCAUUGGUAUUUCCAGUUCAGUUGGAUAGACGGUCGGCCGAUUCCUUCGCGUUUGACCUUUUGCCUCCCGCCGGAACAGCAGGUGCGCCAUUGGUUGAUGACUACACAACAGUCCUCUCUGCGCGCCCCUUCAUCGGAUAAUGAGGGACAAACGGUUGCAACGAAACCGCUCGUUGCCUGGGUUCGGUUGCACAAGUUAGGUGAACCUUCUGUCUUCGCUGUGGACAAUCAGUCUGGGGAAUCGCUUGAUCUCUCUGCCGUAACCAAUGCGAUCGUCUGCGCCUUUAUUACAGUGAGUUCAUUCUCGCUGUCGUUAUUUUUACCAGUUGACGGCAAUUUCUUGUCCUUUUCUACUCUUAAAAUACACAAAAUUAUAGUCAUUUCUGUUCAACGUUUUGUCGGACAACCUAGAGAAUUCGCAUUAUCCAAUGACUAGAAGGCACAGCAGGUGUACAAGCUCAUGAAACGUCAUGAGUUAGCGCAAGAAAAUCCGCCCAGACUGCGUUCCUCAAAGUCUGACAGCCGUAAAAAACGAUCUUUGUCAAAAAGAAGGCCUAGUUGAGUUAAUUAAUAUUUAAAAACGUAAAAAUAAUUAAUUUUCACCGAAAACUAUAAUUCCAGAAAAUGGCCAUAUUAUAAAUCGCUUACAUGGGGCCAACUGUAAGAGUGCAUAAGGAAGCGCGAUGCUUGAAAAAGAAAAAUACUGAAAUAAAACGUACAAAAGAUCAGUACCUUGUUGAUUGUCCGUUUGUAUUUAUGACAGCAGAAGGUGUCUCGGAUAUGGAGAUGGCCUGGUUGUAUAUAGUGGAUUGUUCAAUGUGAUUCUAAUGCUCAAAAUCAAGCUUUUCUUGAAUUGAAAGUUUCAUAUCUGCCGCGUGCCAUUGUCUUUUGAUAAGUACGAAAAAAAUCGAUAGGAUUGAGAUCCGAGUUGUUGUUAGGGAUAAAAAUCGACUGAAGGCCACACGCAGAGAGGCUGGCUGUUGUCAAAAAGUCAGAUUACUGUUGAAAGCCUUGUUUAGUUCAUACUUCGUUAGAACGAUGGAGAGGGGCACUGUCGUAUAAAAUUACGAUAUCAAAUUGGCAUCGAUAGAUGUCGUUGUAAAUGAAAACGUCCGUCACACUGUUGACGAACACCUUGCUGUUGAUGUUGUCCGUAGUCGACCGCCAGACUGGCCGCUCUCCGAAUUCAGUAGCCAUCCAAACGACUAGCCGUCGCGAGUACUCAAAAUAUAUAUGUUUACGCCUAGUAACUGUCAGUGUGCUAAAAGAAAAAAACUACUGCCAAACGUUUGCAACUGAGUCUCCUGACACGAAACGCCACAAAUUUACAAAUCAAAAUUUAUAAGCUGAAGCAGUGCAAUUUUUCGUACCCGCCCCUACCUGAUUUUCAUGGAAGCAAAAUCGACUUUUCUGCCCUCCGUAGGGACUUAUUUCGUACUUUUCCUGUUUAUAUUUCUCACCGUGGAGUUUCGUCUGUGAAUUUCACUAGCAUAGGAAAUUACUUGGAUAUCAAUAAAGAUCGGAUUUGGUCGCAAUCUGACCAGUUUUUCUUCAGUCAAACUGAGUUGAAAUGAAUCCAUCUUCAGACCGCUUAAGUUUGCCAACGAUCAGGGAAGCUAUAACUCCGAGGCAAGUACUGACCCUUGUCUGUAACCAGCCAGACAGAAGCGCACUUGCUAAAGAUGGUUUAUAGCAGUGAAUCAGAAGACGUGGUUGGCGGAAUUGCCAUACCUUUAACAGGGGGCUUAGGGUGAAUGACCACCCACAAAACUUCAUCGGUUGGUGCAUGCAAGGGCAAGAAGCAAAACCAAUUCGCAUCGGGCUGAAAUUCUGACGGACACUCCCGUAUAUCAAGAACAUCCCAGAAGGCGUCUGUUGCCUUUGCGUGCAGACCAAAGACAGCCUUCUGAUGACAUGUGAUGAAACUGUAAGACUCGUUUCCAGGACAAGAAACGUCUGGAGUACUUUACCGGGUCUGGUGCAGUUGUUGAGAUGGCAACUAUAUUGGGAAAAGUAGGCGAUUAUUGCAGGCGUGGAUGACUGAACGCGCAACAACAGGCGAAGGAAUGACGCCAAGUCUCAGGUCAUAGCUGACUCAAUUCGACCCAGUCACACGUAUGAUCUCAAAAUUCUUGUAUGAGGCGACGGCCCCAUGAGUCACGAGUUGCCUGAGUCAUGACUCUACGAGAACUUCACCUGGGUGAUGUAGUUAACUCCGGUAUUUGCGGUCUUAAUGGUCCAGUACCUAUUACACCAUCCACCAACUGCCGUGAUGGCAUCGUGUCAAUUAGCAACUUAGAUGCGUGCUGUCAAUCCUUCAUCGUAGCAAGGUUGAAUAACUACUAUAAGUGCACGUACGACCUAGCAACCACGUCGUAUAAAUCAUUUGUCGCCCGUGCGCCCGACGAUGCGUUCGAGCGUGAACUCGAAAAGUCAGGUGACGGAAAUCCUAUUUUUCUGUCGAGUAAAUCACCUUUUCGGCUGCAUACGGAGACUCUUUUUCCACUUUAUCGCCAAAAAUCUGAAAACCCUUCUAGGUAUUUGGUGUUUUGUUGACUGCCUUCAGUGCGCUGUUUUCGUUCACACUUUUUCACUCACAUAAAUCGCGUGUUUUGCCGACUCAUUUGCAAACGUUAGUCGUCGCCACCGCCCCGUUCUAACGCACACUGUUCAGCUCUCGUUAAUUAAGUCUUUCUUCGCGAUUGCCCUCAUGCGGCUGAAAAUUAACUACGCCUGUGUUCUCUAGCGUUUGAUUACUUCUGAGUGAAGCACUGUGUGUGUGCUUUUUAUCGCCCUAGUUUCGGUCCUGUUUGGGUGUGUGUCUGCCUCGCGUUGACUAGGAAUGCAGCUGAUUUGUGACGAUGUCAGUGGAAAGGCCGCCGUCGUUGUCGUCCGGUCCCCGCCACACAGUCUUAGGCCGGCAGGCGUCAAAGUGACACCAGUAGUCAUCAGACUGUGUGCGUUUUUGCUCCACCCCCUUCUUUUCGUAUAUGAUUCCUCACACACAUUUUUUGUAAUUCCUCACCCUCACCGUUCUUUGCGAUGCGCGGACUUUGAUCGCUUGGUUACACACACACAGUAGCUCUUGGAACUAAUCAGCCGCCGACUGAGCUCCCUAAGCUUGCUUUUGAACGGCUGCAGUUUAUUGGAAGGAUGAGUGCAUAGUCGAAAACUAGUUUAUACAUAUAUUUAUUUGGUAAAGGUAUUAUACCGUACUCCCGACAUAGAUACUUGCUAAAAGCCCAGACACGUGUUUCGCCGAUAUUCUGCCGCUGCAUGACACAGCUGCGAGGGGUUCGGCUCUUCAGUGGGACCCCCAGCGUUCUCUAGCGGUUUCUGGUAUAUGAACUCCAGAGAAUAAUCAAGUGAAUAAUUUCAGAAAUUACUCAGUGCAGUACUUGGAGUUAUAUCUCCGGGACCGAACCGAAAUUUCAAUCAACAUUCGAGUCGAAGGCAGUAACUCAUUUUCUUCUAUCGGCUAUUCCGGCUCAAGUGAUACUCCGUCAGCUUUGUGAAAAACUGUUUCAGACAUUAGAAACAACCGCGAUGCUUCGCUUUUAAUGAAGGACCAUAACUGCGGAAGUUCUACUCCUUACCCUGCAUGCAGGUCAUUACCGAAGCGGUGUGACAUCUCCAUUGCCCACAAGCCGGCGUCUUACCUGCACGCAACACUAUCUCGAGUAAAAAAAAUCCCAUGCCCAAAUAGCAGCAAACUAGUGUCAUCUACCGCAUUCCGUGUGACAAUUACUCUUGCGAUUAUGUUGCGAUCACACAGACCGAAGACUUUGGACGCUUAUAAACGAACAUAAACUGGCCAUCAGCCGACGUGACCCUUUGUCACUUGUAUUUGCGUACGUCCUUGAAUGCGACCACCGCUUCAAUUGGGAGGGAACUGAAGUUUUUGCCAUGUCUAACACCAAAUAGGCUCGAGAAUUCCUCGAAGCCUGGCACUCUAACACGACCAGCAUCAAUCGCCAUGUCGAUCUGGACGCUCAUUACGAAGGUCUGUGUGCCCGACUCACUGACUUGCGCCCACAGCCCAACAACAGCCGCUAAUCCACACUGGGCCACCCCCUCCCCCAGACAGCGAACUACAACUGCAACCCUUAACACCCUCAACGGUGGCGCACUGAAUUCUGCCUUCCACCAUGCCGGAUCGAUGAUCACUAAUUCCACUGUCUGCAGCCCCACUCAAUCGUCACCCCUCUAUCCUCCAACACAGGGAGCCGCAACAGUUUUCCCUGCCCUUCCUCGCCCCAGAUCCUUGCCUAAUUAUAUGCCUACCCUUUUCACACACUGGUUGCUUGUUUGUUGGUGGCUGUCCUGUCGCGCUUACCAAUUUGGUCUGAUCAUUUCACUUUUUCUCCGUUUAUUUCGCCUGCCGAUGGGCCUGUGUCACCAGCUUGAAAAUUCGCGAAUACAACUCGAUUUUUUCCGACGAGCCUUCUACCUUCAUCAUAUUAUCUCGGAAUGUACACUGCCUCAGCUCUUCACGUGCAUGCAUAUAUGAGUUGAGACCGACAAAGACAAGGGAGACUGGAAUGGCCAUUUUUGGCUUAUUAGCCGUCGUCCGCCAGUCAAGUGUGGAUCACUUGAGAUUCGAAGAGGAGAGACGACAGAGUCUAGGGGUAGAGGACUGUUUGGGGCUUGUUUGUGUUCAUUCAGUCGACCACAACCCAGACCGACAACGUAAACAUACACGCCUGCCGCAGCUGAUCUACCACUGCGGUCUACCAGAUGGGUGAUAAGCACCCCAUCAAACCGAAGUUCGUUAGUGCCUCGCCACCCGCUAUUCUUUACAUACAGUAGGUGGGCUAACUCAUUAAAUGCCAACCGAAAUUCCCAAAUGCCCUUUCCUUUCUAAAAGACUAACUAAGAAGGGUUGUAAAAGUAGUCAGCCUGCAACAUAAUUCUAUAAUAUUUCAGUUACCUCCGGACGCCGGCUUUCGAACGAAUUUCCUUCCGGCUGCAUGCAAAAACUAAACUCUGUAAAAAAUGACUACUUAGUAGUAUGAAUUUUUCCAAUUGAUUUUUGACGUCGCUAAAAGUCGGACUAUAUUUCAUGGAAAACAUGCAUAAAAAUAUUAGUUCGUUUACUCAUUCGGUAGAAAAUUACGUCUUCUUCUAAUUUUAUACUCAAAGGAUGCACGGGAUUUGGUUUAGAAAGAGUUUCUAAUUGUGGGACUUUGAAAUACCCCGAAAUGGCCGUUCGUAAACCGUUAUGUACCAAUGUGGCUUGUAAAGUUAACAAUAUGGAUCAAAUCCACUGCUAAAUUUUAUGAACCCUAUAUGGUCCACGGUUAUUACCGUAGAAAAAUGUGUGGUUUUCCGUGCGCGGAAAACAUACGGCUUGUAGUCUGGAAACCCUGAAUCCAAGUGUAACGGUAGAGGGUGCUCAAAAUUAUUCAGGAAUUGGGAAAUUUUUGAAAACCGAAUACUACCCUCUCUUCGAGUAUAAAUUUCCAGAAAACCGAAGUUACUACCGAAUAAACAAAAGAAUGAAUAUUUUUAUGUAUAUUUUCCAUAAAAUAUAAUUGGACUUUUAGGAGCAUUGAAAAUCAGCGAGAACACUUCAUGCUGCGUAAGUAGUCAUUUUUUACAGAGUUUAGUUUUCACGUGCAGCCGGAAGGAAGUUCGUUCGAAAGCCCGCAUCCUCAGGUAGCCGAAAUAUUAUAGAAUUAUGCUGCAGGCCGAUUACUUUUACAACCCUAUCUUAUAAAUCUUUUCGAAACGUAAACGCAUUUCGGAAUUUCGGUUGGCAUUUCAUGAGUCCACCCACCUACUGUAUGGGCAAGUCGCUUUUUAGGUCAGAGUGGUCAGCCGGUAAAGUGUUGCAUUUCAGCGCUGCCGUCCUUUCUAUAAAUUUGUAACAACUGUCCUGACUGCAGUCACUUUUUUUCUUAUGUUCAAGGCCCUGGUACCGUAUGUGCGAAAGCUCCUUGUUGCAAAUGUGACCCAGUUCGCUCUGCGCAUUCGUCUACAACCGCCGACGGUUUUCAACUUCCUAAUUGGCAGUCCAUCUCUGUGGUCUGGCAUCCGUACUGUCACGUCCUCUGACGUUACCUUCUGCAGUGACUUCUUCCAAGGCCGGCGGCGUUGGUGGUGGUUGCGGCAGCAGCCAUGCACCCCUGCGGCCGAUAGCCCCAUGUUGCAGCCCCCCUCCCAGCUGCCCCUGUUGGAGGACUCGGGUUACAUCAACGAUGUGGACUCCGCUCUGAUUCCCAUGCUGGACGGUCUGACUCGAAACAUCACCUGUCGUCGGUUAGUGGAGCAGGCCUCCACGGAUGCUACGGGGGACGACGAUGACAGUCAGCCACCGCCAGCUCUAGAAUUUGAAUUUGACUUUACAUUGCACGCCUAG